CCACGGAGCCGGCGCGGGCGGGCUGCUGAGGUGGCUGUCCCCCGCUCAGAGCUGCGGCUUCUCGGGUCGAGCCCCCGAUGGAGGCCGAAGCCGCAGAUGCCCCUCCGGGCCGAGUGGAGGCGGCGCUCAGCUGCUUCUCUUUCAACCAAGACUGCACAUCCCUAGCGAUUGGAACCAAGGCCGGUUACAAGCUGUUUUCUCUGAGUUCUGUGGAGCAGCUUGACCAAGUCCAUGGAAGCAAUGAAAUCCCUGACGUGUAUAUCGUGGAGCGCCUCUUCUCCAGCAGCCUGGUUGUAGUGGUCAGUCACACAAAACCUCGGCAGAUGAACGUCUACCAUUUCAAGAAAGGCACUGAGAUCUGUAAUUACAGCUACUCCAGCAACAUUUUGUCUAUUCGGCUCAACCGACAGAGGCUGCUGGUCUGCCUGGAAGAAUCCAUCUAUAUCCACAACAUUAAGGAUAUGAAGUUAUUGAAGACCGUCCUGGAUAUUCCCUCAAACCCAACAGGUCUCUGUGCCCUGUCUAUCAACCAUUCCAACUCUUACCUGGCCUAUCCUGGAAGCCAGAGUACAGGCGAGAUUGUACUCUAUGAUGGAAACUCCCUGAAAACGGUGUGCACCAUUGCUGCCCACGAGGGGACGCUGGCCGCUAUCACCUUCAACUCCUCGGGCUCCAAGCUAGCAAGCGCGUCUGAAAAAGGCACUGUCAUCCGAGUGUUCUCUGUUCCCGAGGGCCAGAAACUCUAUGAGUUUCGUCGAGGAAUGAAAAGGUAUGUGACAAUCAGCUCCCUGGUGUUCAGUAUGGACUCCCAGUUCCUGUGUGCCUCCAGCAACACGGAGACCGUGCACAUCUUCAAGAUGGAACACCUGACAGACAGCCGCCCAGAAGAGCCUUCCACCUGGAGCGGCUACAUGGGAAAGAUGUUCAUGGCAGCUACCAACUACCUCCCCGCCCAGGUGUCGGACAUGAUGAACCAGGACAGGGCUUUCGCCACAGGACGCCUGAACUUCUCUGGGCAGAAGAACAUUUGCACCCUGUCCACGAUCCAGAAACUGCCGCGGUUGCUGGUGGCCUCCUCCGACGGACACCUUUACAUCUACAACUUGGACCCACAGGAUGGAGGAGAAUGUGUCCUAAUCAAAACCCACAGCUUGCUUAGCUCAGGAACAACAGAAGAGAACAAAGAAAAUGACCUCAGACCUUCCUUACCUCCAUCUUAUGCUGCAACUGUAGCAAGGCCCAGCACGUCUGCAGCCUCCACGGUGCCAGGAUACUCUGAGGACGGCGGGGCGCUCCGAGGGGAAGUUAUUCCGGAACACGAGUUUGCGACGGGACCAGUGUGUCUAGACGACGAGAAUGAGUUUCCCCCUAUAAUCUUGUGCCGUGGAAGUCAGAAGGGCAAAACGAAGCAGUCCUGACAAGAAGCCUACCUCAGAAGUCAGGACACUCCCCUGUCAGGUGGUUUUGGAGAGAACGAGGAAAGUGGAAGAAACGGAAUACAGUCAAUGCUGUGGGCAGAGGGGAGGGAGGGAGGCAGGAGUCCUGGGUGCCUCACUGCAGUCAAUGCUGUGGGCAGAGGGGAGGGAGGGAGGCAGGAGUCCCGGGUGCCUCCCUGCUUGAGCCAUAGACCGCAGUUAGCCCCCCGACCCAAGCCCCUCAGCCUUGACUGCCAGUGGGCAAGGGGAAUGCUGGAGUCACACCAUGCAGUCUAAAAGACCUUCAAACCACAGUGUAAAUGCUAACUAACCAUAUUGGUAUGUAACCAGAAUUUUAUAUUAAAAAGGGCAUCCUUGUCAAAUGUAUGCUGUGUAAAAAAA